CACUCAUCCUCGCCUGGAAUGCCGUCUUUCGCCAUUGAAGUGCCUGGCGAGGCGGCACCGCUGUUCGAAGGCGUUCUCUUCAACACAUUGCGAUCAGCCGCGUCAUCAGAUCCCACCCAAAUUCAGACUGGAACAAAACAGCUCGCGCGAUGGGAGAAGGAGGCGGGUUUCUACAGGCAUCUCCAAAGCGCGUAUCUGACUCCGCAACUACCAGUCGAGGUCCGAUACUUGGCCAUAAUUCAACUCAAAAAUGGAAUCGACAAGUACUGGCGAAGAACAGCCACGAACGCAGUUUCUAAAGAGGACAAAGAAGCCAUCCGCUCCAGACUGCCCGAGUCCGUUCUCACGCAGCAAGAUAAUCGCCUCGCACUGCAAGCUGCGUUAGUGGUGGCCAAGAUCGCCAGGUAUGAGUAUCCCGCGGACUGGCCAGACGCAGUAUCCAUCUUCGUCUCGGCGAUCCGCCAAGCAGAUGCAUCUCCGAUACAACUCGCACGAUCACUGCUCACACUGCUUCACAUUGUCAAGGAGUUGUCCACUGGAAGGUUGCAGCGCACCAGACAGUAUCUGCAAGCAGCUACGCCAGAGAUUGUGUCAGUUGUGGGUAAUGUCUACGCUCGCUUGGUGCAGUCAUGGCAGAGCGCGAUGAACCUAGACGAGAUGCAGCAAAGUCUGCUCGCCAUCAAACUGUUGCGCCGACUGCUUGUGUCAGGAUAUGAGCAUCCAAAUCGAGACUCGGAUGUUGUCGCGUUCUGGAACUUGUCGCUUGAACAGCUUGGCACUUUCCUGCCCAUCAUUACUGCAGCCAAUCCUCAGAUUUCAGGAGACGCUCUGCGCUUGGUAGGUCGUCACGCUGUUCAGCUUGCUAAAUUGCAUCAUGAGAUGGCCAAGAGUCAACCAGCGGCUUUCAUCUUGUUACCCAACUCGUUGCAGCUGACACAGCACUACUGGGGCUUGAUCAAAGAACUCGGCAACGUCUUCGGCUCUAAGGAGGCCGUUGCUUCUGCUCUGUCUUCUAAGAUCGGCUCCGACGGCGACGCCGCGGAUGACAAGCCGUUCAUGGAGAAGAUUGCCCUGAAAGGUCUGCUCAUCAUCCGCGCAUGUGCCAAAAUGGUGCACAGCCCCGCGUUGACGUUCAAGUAUCGCACACCAGAGGACAAAGAGGAGAAGAAUAGGGCGACCGAUGUCAUCAAGGAGACGCUUCUCACACAGGACUUUGUGCGAGAGGCAAUGGAAAUUAUGGUCACCAAAUUCUUCGUCUUCAGAGAGAGUGACCUUCGCGAAUGGCUGGAAGAGCCCGAGGAGUGGGAGAAGCGUGAAGAAGGGGAUGGCGAAGACUGGGAGUUUUCAGUACGAUCUUGCUCUGAAAAGCUGUUCCUGGAUCUCGCCAUCAACUACAAGGAAAUAAUCGUCGCACCUCUCCUAAAUGUGUUCUACUCAGUGGCCAAUCCUGAGAACGAUAACGUCUUGUUCAAGGACUCCGUGUACACCGCAAUCGGGUUGGCAGCAUCCGUCGUGCACCAGGAGCUGGACUUUGAUGCUUUUAUCAGAGACGUGCUUGUUCAGGAAGUGCAGAAGCAAGCUCCUGGCUACAACAUACUCCGACGAAGAGCAGCCAUCCUGCUUGGACAAUGGAUCUCAGUCAAGGUGUCCGAUGCGAGCCGACCGCUCGUGUAUCAGAUUUUCCAACAUCUACUGAAUCACGGAGACGAACUAAAUGACGAAGUCGUGCGAGUGACUGCUGGCAGACAAUUCGCCAACAUUGCCAAUGACUGGGAGUUCAAAGCAGAGGCAUUCUUGCCAUACGCUCAAACAAUAUUGACACAGCUCAUGACUCUCAUCGGAGAAGUGGAGCUGACAGAGACCAAGAUGGCACUCCUCAAUACGAUUAGUGUCGUUGUUGAAAGAUUGGACAUCCACGUCGUUCCAUACGCCGAUCGCAUCGUGACCUUGUUGCCGCCACUAUGGGAUCAAUCUGGAGAGGAGCACCUGAUGAAACAAUCCAUUCUGACGAUCUUGGCCCGUCUAGUCAACGCAAUGAGAGCAGAAUCACUGCCUCUGCACGCAAUGGUCGUUCCAAUCAUCAGAGGUGCAGUAGAACCUGGAUCGGAGACGCAAGUCUAUCUUCUUGAAGAUGCCCUCGAGCUGUGGCACGCCGUCCUAACCCAAACACCCGACGGAUCUGCUUCUCCCGAGUUGCUCGAUCUCGUACAGUACCUCUACCAGAUCUUCGAGCUUGGGUCCGAGAAUCUCCGGAAGGCAUUGGAGAUCGCCGAAUCCUACGUGCUUGCAGCACCACAGCACAUGCUUUCAGAUCCUGUCCGCUCAGAUAUGUUCCGUGCGCUUGCGGCCCUACUUGGUGGUCUCAAAGCUGACGCAAACGGGAGAGUGUGCAAUGUGAUCGAGACCAGCCUACGGCUCGUCCAAAGACAGGAUGUAGCAUCAUCACUACCUCUUGGCCAGUUCACCAACGCUUCGUACCUUGUCACCUAUACAUUGGCAUCCGCCACCGAUCCCGAGAACGGCAACUUCGGCUUCUUCUCCAAACUUCUUCAAGGCCUUCAUGGAAGCUGGACCGCGCACUGUAGCACCGGACCCAAUGCUCAAGAGGCUCCCGUAGACGGGAUCGUCGAAACCGACUACUUCGCCAUCUUCGCCCGAGCCAUUCUCGGCUCUCUCGAAGGCUUCGUACCGACCCUCCAAGCCGUCGCAUCAGGCACACUUAAUCAACCUGACCUGUCCGCAACACUUAAAUGGCUUCUCGAAGAAUGGACCUCACAUUUCGAAAACAUCGGUGACCCAUCACGAAAGAAGCUGAUGUGUUUGGCACUCACCAAACUGCUCGAAACAAAUCUGCCCGUCGUGCUCGAGAACUUACAAUCGCUCAUGACAAUUUGGACGAGUAUGCUUCUUGAAUUGAGAGAAGACGAAGCAGAUAUUGGCAGUGAUACUCUCGUUUGGAAAGACAAUGCCGCAAAUGAAGAGUACGGCCCCGAAACGCCAGAAGAUGCGAGAAGAAGGGUCUUGACGACGGGAGAUGAGGUGCAUACAGUCAAUUUGCCGCAAUUCAUCCGGCAUUACUUGCAAAAAGCGAUUGAGGCAUGUGGAGGACAUGCACAGUUCCAAGAAUUGUGGUUGGUGAACGUUGACAAAGAGGUUGUGAAGGCCUUUGGUGAGUUAGGCAUUAUGUAGAGAUUCAUGCACUGAUGAUAGAAAUCAUGACCAUGGAGCACGGGAUGUGUAGCCAAUGCGAUCGACCAUUCUCGAUUGGAAGAAGAAGUGCAAGAUAUGACAGCAGGUACAUUUUUCCAGGCACUAUGAGCGGGACGGUGGUCGGCAUUGACGAGAGGACCAGAAGGAGAGUGAAAGGGCUAGCCCGAAGGGUCAGCGACAUGCUAGAUAAGCCGGCGACGAUGAAUGGACAUGCCGACUGGUUCACGAAAUAUGCAACCAAUACAUCAUCAAGCACGAGCUACUCGGACUGCAUGUUGCAGCACCAAUGACCAGAGACGAC